UUGUCCCACCUUUGAAACUUAACUUGAGAUAAUAUUUAACAGCAAAGCCGGAGUAGCGCAUAACUUCAGUGCAGUCCGCGCGUCGAGCCGGCUGGAUCGUUGGAGCUGUGAUCCGGACGGAUUUGGGUUGCACACUUCGCUGAAGAAAUAAUGGUCUCCUUCGCCAAGGUGCUCCUCGCAGUGUUCGGGGUAGCAGUCGUCGUCAUUUUGAUCGCGGUGCCCACGGCGAUCUUCCUAAAUAAGGACACUGACGGAAGCAACCAGAGAUCUUUCACCCUGGGGGAUGUGUUCAACAACACCCUGAAACCGAGGUCCUACAACUUGAGGUGGAUCUCAGAUCAUGAGUAUCUGCACAAGUCCCAGGGCUCCGUUACGAUCCACAAUGUGGCUUCUGGAACCUCCUCCGAGUUCUUGAGCAAAGCAACUUUCGAUCAAGUCCAGGCUUAUGAUUACCAGCUGUCUGCUGACCGCAAAUAUGUUGCGUUCAUGAGCAACUAUACCAAGCUGUGGAGGCAUUCAUAUACAGCUACAUAUUCACUUUACGACUUGGACAACAACAAAUUUCUCACAUCCAACAUUCUUCACGAAGUUCAGUACUUUUCCUGGGCUCCUGUAGGGAACAAACUGGCCUACGUUCAGGAUUAUAAUGUGUAUGUAAAGAGCACACCUGAGUCGAAGCCGGUUCAAGUCACUUUCAACGGCGAGUAUAAUGUGAUCCUGAACGGGAUCCCGGACUGGGUCUACGAGGAGGAAAUGUUUUCAUCCCAUCAGGGCUUCUGGUGGUCACCUGGAGGGAAGCACCUGGCCUAUAUUGAGACCAACGACACUGAGGUCCACCUAAUAGAAUACACGUGGUACGGUGAUGGACAGUACCCCAGAACUGUUCAAAUUCCAUAUCCAAAGCCAGGUACUCCCAACCCUGUUGUAAAACUAUUCGUGGUGGACACCGAUAACGUGACUGACAUUACUGAGGUUGUAGUUCCAGCCACAUGGAAGGGCUCGAGUGAGCAUUACUUGGCCACUGUCACUUGGGUGACAGAUGAGCAGAUUGCCGUCCAGUGGCUGAAGAGGCUGCAACAACACCUCAUCCUUCAGAUCUACAAUCUGACUGGAUCUACAUGGAGUCCUUAUGAGAACCUGGAGGUGAACAGUCCCACCGGCUGGGUUGGGCGGUUCUCUCCACCAGAACCAGUUUUUGCCACAGACAAGAACAGCUAUUACCUGCUGAAGAGCAACACCGAUGGGUACAAGCACAUCCAUCACGUGGUCGCUGGCAAAGCUACACCAAUCACUUCUGGAGAGUGGGAGGUCAUUGACAUUCUCAAAGUAACCGCAGACAGCGUGUAUUAUUCAAGUAACCAAGAGGGCGGCAGGCCAGGAGGAAGGAACAUUUACAAGUGGACUAAACAAGGGACGCGCAAUCCGAACACCUGUCUGACUUGUGCGUUACAAGAAGACUGUCUUUAUAACUCAGCCUACUUCAGCCAUGAUGCUUCCUUCUACCGUAUGAGCUGCAGUGGUCCUGGCAUUCCUAAAUAUUCCAUCAUUGAUAACCGGAACAAUAAAGAGACAACAGUUUUGGAGAACAAUGAGGAUUUUAAAGGCCUAAUAUCGGAAAAAGCAAUGCCCACGAUGCUUCGAGACAAAAUUAAACUUUAUGGAUUUGAUCUCUGGUACCAGAUGUAUUUGCCUCCAGGAUUUGAUAAAUCCAAGAAGUACCCUUUACUAAUAGAUGUGUACGGUGGUCCCUGCAGUCAGAAAGCAGACUACAUCUACAGGGUGGGCUGGUCCAGCUUCCUGGCCAGCACUGAGAAAAUCAUCGUCGCCAGCUUUGACGGAAGAGGAAGCGGUUUCCAAGGCGACAAGUUAAUGCACGCAAUCUACAAACGUCUGGGAACCUAUGAGGUGGAAGAUCAGAUAAGAGCAGCCAGGGAAUUCAUUGACAUGGGCUUCAUUGACAAAGACAGAGUUGCUAUUUGGGGCUGGUCUUAUGGUGGAUACGUGACGUCAAUGGUCCUGGGAGCUGGGAGUGGAGUCUUCAAAUGCGGCAUGGCGGUCGCUCCAGUUUCCAAGUGGUACUAUUAUGAUUCCAUCUACACCGAGCGUUACAUGAUGCAGCCGUCAGAGAACAAAGCUUUCUACGAGAACUCAACGGUGACAGAGAGGGCCAAGAAUUUCCACUCAGUGCAGUACCUGCUGGUUCAUGGAACAGCUGACGACAAUGUUCAUUUCCAGCAGGCAGCAGAGAUCUCUGAAGCUCUGGUGGAGGAGCAGGUGGACUUUGAGGCGAUGUGGUACACGGACAAGGACCAUGGGCUGGAGGGCGAGGCGUAUGAACACCUCUACACCCACAUGACUCACUUCCUGCAGAGGUGCUUUGCGUGAGGUCCACUGGAUCAGCAAGAUCUCUUUUCGCUGCUCAUGUGAAUUAAAAUAAAUCUUGCUUUGGGAUAAAGGUUGUAAUUGUUAAUGCCUGCUUGAUUGUCAGAGCGCCAGAUGUCUUCAGCAGAAACGUGAUGAGUCCAAAGCUGUCCAGGACAUAAUGUCUGUUCAGCGUGGAUGAAAUGUUUUGUUGUAUAUUAUAUGUUCAGUGAGAAACAAGCAGCUACUCGAAGGUAUGAUAUUUUUUACUUAUAACACAUCUUCAUGAUUUCUUUUUUGGGGUGGGGUUGUGUGUGUGUUUAUUUGUUUCAUAAAUUAAGAGGGCAUACAUACGGCCGAUGUAAUACUGUAAACAUAGAAGAUGUCCUGUCAAACUGUAAGGGUACUACUUCAACAUGAAGGGUUUUAAAAUACUGUAUUAAAUUAUGUGCAGAAAUGCAACGCGCCACAGUGAUUUUAGACUUUUUUUAGUAAUUUUUUUGAGAUUGUUGAUGUCUGAUGUAAUAAUUGCUUUUCUAAAAUAAUAAAGAAUAAAAUAAC